AUGGAGGAGACUGACCUGAGAGGCGCCCUGCCUCUGGUCUCGCGCGGCAAAGUGCGAGAUAUCUACCAGAUCAGCGAUGGGACGCUGCUCUUCAUCUCUACCGACCGGAUCUCAGCCUUCGAUGAGCUCAUGGAGAAUGGCAUCCCGAACAAGGGCCAUAUCCUGACUGCGUUGACUGUGUACUGGCUCAAGUUCCUCACUGGAGCCUUGCCCUCUCUGCGCACGCAUCUCGUCUCUGUCGACAUCCCGGCCGGGGUGCCAGAGAGCGCUCGCGAGUAUGCGAAGAACAGGAGCUUGGUCGUCCGCAGGCUCAAGGUCUUCCCCGUCGAGGCCAUCGUGCGUGGCUAUCUCGCCGGCUCUGCAUGGCUCGAGUACCAGGAGUCGGGCACCGUUCACGGCAUCCCCUUGCCCGCCGGCCUGGUCGAGAGUGACAAGAUUCCAGACGGGCCCUUGUUCACUCCCAGCACCAAGGCAGAGCAGGGUGGACACGACCAGAACAUCCAUCCAGACCAGGCUGCCGAUAUCGUCGGUGCUGCGUACGCUGAGGACAUCAAGGCUGUGGCCAUCCGCCUCUAUGAGCUGGCCUCCUUCCACGCCUUGCAGCGCGGAAUCAUCAUCGCGGACACCAAGUUCGAGUUUGGCCACGACGAGGUGACCAACGAGAUCGUCCUCAUCGACGAGGUCCUCACCCCGGACUCCUCCAGGUUCUGGUCUCUGGACAAGUACGAGCCCGGCAAGCCCCAGGACAGCUUCGACAAGCAGUUCCUGCGCGACUGGCUGACCAAGGAGGGUCUCAAGGGUAAGAAGGGCACCGUCAUGCCGGACGACGUCGUCUCCAAGACGGAGCAGAAGUACAUCGAGGCCUACGAGAUGUUGACCGGCCAGACUUUUCGUCCCUAA